UCAGUUUGUUCUCACUUUGUUUUUAUAGUUUAGGAGUCGAAGCUUCCUGUUGUAAAAAAACAAAAAUAAACUCAGUUGAGCUCAUGAAUACCAGCUGUAUGUUUAUAAGUGGCUAAAAUAGCUCGGUUGGCACGCAGCAGACGCCGAACAAGCUACGCAAUUUUAGUGAUUUUUUUUUAUAACUGUUUGCAGAAAUGAGUUCUCGGAAAGUGCUGAUGUGUAAAACGCUUGUGACCUACUAUCAGCCUGCUGGAGGCUGAAUCAUUUCACCCAGACGCGAUUAGCGAGCAGAGGUGAAGGAUAAUAAAACAGCUAAUCUCAAACGCUGUCUUUAUUACAGCUGAAACUGGACGCCGGGGUUGUUAUCAUUGAUGUUAAAUGCCUUUAGGUGAGUGAGAGUUGGUGUCUUAAUAGUGACCAGGUUUAUCUUUUGUUUGAGGAGGUAGAAGAAGGUGAGCGAUCCAGAUGUCAGCUGGAUAUGAGAUAAACAGGUAAAACUGUAAGGGGAGAAGAUGAAGUUGAACGAGCGCAGCGUGGCGUACUACGCCACCUGUGACACGCCACCGGACAAGACGGGCUUCCUGUUCAAGAAGGGCGAGCGCAACACCGCUUACCACCGGCGCUGGUUCGUCCUCAAGGGCAACAUGCUCUUCUACUUUGAGGAGCGGGACAGCCGGGAGCCCAUCGGCGUCAUCGUUCUUGAGGGGUGCACGGUGGAGCUGUGCGAGUCGGCCGAGGAGUUCGCCUUCGCCAUCAAGUUCGACUGCGCCAAGGCGCGGGUGUACAAGAUGGCAGCUGAGAACCACGCGGCCAUGGAGUCGUGGGUGAAGGCGCUGUCGAGGGCCAGCUUCGACUACAUGAGGCUGGUGGUGAAGGAGCUGGAGCGGCAGCUGGAGGAGAUCCAGGAGGCUGCAGGAAGCCAGCUGGGCAGGCCCAGGUCUUCCCGAAGAAAUCCGACGGCACAAUCCAAGUCUGCAGCGUCCUCCUCUUCCUCGUCUUUAUCGUCCCUUUCGUCAUCGUCGAGCAUUCCUUCCAUGACGGUCCUCGCUUCUGCCCAGAGGAGCCUCCAGGAUGAAGUGCAGCUCUUCCCUGGGAGCUCCAGAGAGAAUGGAGUAUCAUGGAGUAAACCACCUGCCGCCCUGGAUAAUGGCUUCGCGGAGGGCGGGGCGUCCUGCGUCGCCUGGGAGGGCAGCGCGGACUCUGUGAACGCCUUCAGCUGCGGGGCCGAUGGAGCGAGGGCUCCGCCCGUGCCGCCGCGGAGGGUCGGAGCGUCGCUGGAGAGCCCGGUCUCCCCCGGCACCGGCUAUUUCUCCAAACUCCACGAGUGGUACGGCAGAGAGGUGGAGGAACUGAGAGCGCAGUGGCUGCAGAGCCAGUAAACUGACAGCAGGUUCACCUCUUUUUCUUUUUUUUCCCACAACUUAACCAUUCCUUUCUAAUCAUUCAGCAGUUCUUACUGAACUUCAUCCUCAGGAAGACAAAAACAAUUAACUGCAGUCUUAUUGUUAAAAAGGCUAAUAUUUUGAGACCACAUCACACUUUGAAUGACACUUGUGAAUCAAUCAGUCUUAAAACUCAACACUAUAUUUUUUUAUAAUGUAAAAAAACACAAAACUUGCUCUUUCCACACUUGCUAAGAUAUUAAUAACUAUUUAAUAACACACUACUCAGUUUCAUUGCAGCAGCCCAGCCUCCUGUGAUCAUAUGGAAUAUUUCACUGAUUUAAAAAAAUAAAUAGUGCCAGUGUUCUGCUUUUCUGCCUCUUUGGCUGCCACGUACAGUUGUGCAAUCAAUUUGUGGUAUUUUAAUUAAAGCUGUAAACUGCACAUGCAGUUAUCUGCUAAGGUCCUAGAGACACACACACAAAAAAACUUAACUAACCCCAUCUAAGUGUUUUAAUUAAAUAAAAGCCAAAAAGUCUCUGUUAUGGAUUAUAGAAGGCAAAUCUGCAUGACUAAGGUUAUUAUUACGCGUUAUUUGUGCGGUCUGAGCAUUUUCAUGUACCGGUAGGUGGAAAAAUAGUUCAAAACUGAUUUUUUAAAAUCCAGUCGUAUGCAUUACAUCAGAGAAAAAAACUGCUUUUACAAGUAAGACAAUUAGCAGUUGUUUCUUGUGACUUAAAACCAACGUAACCAACGGGGAAAUGUCGGAGAAAACUUUUCUGCUGUCUCACCUGGGGGAUCUCGUUGAUAUCAGAGCAUCCAGGGACCCCUGGUGAUGUCUCGUUUCAAGCAAGAUGUCCUUUUAUUUUUAGCUGUUGUUCGCCAGCAGCCAGAUGAUGCUGUGUCCUAAGAGUGCUUGUCACUUGGUUCUUAUUUAAAUCUCGGAUUCCAUGAAAGGGAGCAUUUUUUAAUUUUUUAUUUUACACGACUCGACUUGUGCCAUUGUAGCGCGUUCAURUAUCUCAUUUUAUGCAAUCAUUUCAAUCCUACCUUUGCAUUAUUUUUUUUAUAACGGUGAAUGUUACUAAAGGAGUAAACCUGCAGGUCUGUGCUGUUUUUGAACAUCUAAUUGGUUUUAGGUUUGAAUAUUUCCUAUUCCCUGUUGGAAAAUAACGGUAGCAGUCCUCCCAAUUAUUUUUUUUACAGAUUGGUGGAGCUGAUUUCUACGUUUUGUAUGUUUUCUUUAGAGCUGUGCACUUGAAGCUGUUACCACACGACUGCAUUGAUUUUAUUUUUUUUAAUCUACCAUAUCGAUUUCUAAUCCCGCCUCUCUUAACUUUCCUGCCAAAGGCUCAUUUCAGUGCAAUCACUUUUUGAGAAUGACUCAGCAACUUUUAAUCAGCGCUAUCAUGACUGUUAUACACUCAACUUGUGCAGCAACGACAGUGAAGAAACUUGUACAGUUUGACUGUUGUUUAAAAUAUCAGUAUUUACACUACUGUUCUUAUGAAUGAUAAAAAAAAUCUGAAUGUGUUCUUGCUGUUUUCUCUCACAUGUCAUUGUAUUCAUUAAGGAAGUUGUGAAAAUGUCAUUUCAACCCUUUUUCUUAAAAGUACGAAAAGAGAAUAGCACAGAUAACAUUUUUUUAAAAUAAAUAUCAUUUUAGUAGCAUAUUUCAGUGAUAUAAAGCACAUUGARUGAAUUAUAUUGAAUAAGCAAUAAYGAAAUGUUCUACUAUGGUACCCAACAAUUUAUUAUUUUUUGUUGUCGUUUGAACCACUCAAUAAACACUUUUAUAUUACAAA